GCCACAAAAUGUAGUUACUUAGCGAUCACCCAAUUGGAGCUAUCAACUUGAAAAGCACAUCUAAAAAGUGGAGGAUCUGUAAUUUCUAAUAUCACACUAUAUCCUUUUCCCAGGAUCGCUGCUGGAGAACAAAUUCUGAGAUGAUCGACUUGCAAGAUGCCGUUGUACCUGAAACAGAAUGGAACUACUUUAAGUGCCUGUUGAUCUGCGUAAUCCCGAACUGAAUCUAAAUCCAUAUCACCAUCAUUGAAUCGGCGUAAAGAGCUAGUCUAGUUUCGAUAUAAUGUUAUUGCUGUGAUACAACUAAGCUAAACUAUUGUGUAAAAUUAGCCUACGAUCUUGAGUCUCGAGUGUAAGUUGUACUUUAAGCUACUCUAUACGAUAAUAUAAUCCGAGUGAGUUUUGAAUCGAUUGCAACAGUUGGUGGCAAGUGCAGGGAUUUGGUUUCAUUUCCCCCACGGGCGAGGUAUUUAUGGUAUAUGGGUUGCAUAAGGCAUGGGAUUCGAGUGGGGUAUUCGAUUUCAGCUACCAUAAGUUGGCCACUGCGACAAUGGGCCAAGAUUCGUCUUAUAAAAGAGGUCUGAACCAAGCACUUGCACAUCAGUCGAGUGCACUCCAUCGCUCCAGUUACAACUCCAACUUGUUCGCCAUGAAUGUCCUGCAUUCCAGCAUUGUCAUCUGUCUAAUCCUAAGCGCCCUCGUCGCUGCUCAGGCUGGAAUCAUCGCCAGCCAUCCGGAUGAGCUGAUUGGUAGUCCUGCCCAGUACGAGUUCCACUACUCCGUCCACGACAGCCACACCGGCGAUGUUAAGGAUCAGUUCGAGCACCGACGUGGCGAGUACGUAACUGGUCGCUACUCUCUCGUGGAUCCCGAUGGUCACCGUCGCAUUGUGGACUACACCGCCGAUCCUCUGCUGGGCUUUAAUGCUCAGGUUCGUCGGGAACCGAUUUCUCGCUACUGAAAUGGGUUGCCACUGGAUGUGAUAAAGGACUUGCCUAAAUGACCCGAUUAAGAUUUGGCUACCUUAAUAAUAGGAACCAAUCGAAGAUUAUAGACUUGUAUUUUUAGAAUAAAUCUAAAGGCUGUUCAAUUCAAUA